ACUAAUACGUGCCGCCGGUUUUGCUGUCGGGUUUUUUGUUUUGCUUUUGGGUUUAAUUUCAUCAUCCUGUCAAGCACUUUGGGAGGGGUCGGGGUACCGGCAAGUGGAGCGGCAGGGCAGCCUUUGCUUGGAUGAUUCCUUGUGGGGCGACCACUGAGCCGCCAGCCUCCUGAAGCUCAGGCAGCCUUACCGCUUUCCUUACCUUCAGGGACAGAAGGCCUUUGGGAAACGGAGUCCUUAACGGUGCAGGGGGGCCAGCCAUGAGAGGCUACCUCGUGGCCAUAUUCCUGAGUGCUGUUUUCCUCUACUAUGUGCUGCAUUGUAUAUUAUGGGGAACAAAUGUCUAUUGGAUGCCCCCCGCCGAGAUGAAGCGGAGACACCAGGUCCACCCUUGCCCUGCAAAGCCCGCCUUCGCCUCCCUCCUGAGGUCUCAUCCGUUUCACCCCUUCCUUUGUGCAUCUGAUUUUAAAAAGCUUGCUUCCUUCUAUGGUAGUGAUAAGUUUGAUUUGCCCUAUGGGACAAGAACAUCAGCGGAAUAUUUUCGACUUGCUCUUUCAAAACUGCAGAGCUGUGACCUCUUUGAUGAGUUCGACAGUGUGCCAUGUAAAAGGUGCGUGGUGGUUGGUAAUGGAGGAGUUUUGAAGAAUAAGACAUUAGGAGAAAAAAUUGACUCCUAUGAUGUAGUAAUAAGAAUGAAUAAUGGUCCUGUUUUAGGACAUGAAGAGGAAGUUGGGAGAAGGACAACCUUCCGACUGUUUUAUCCAGAAUCUGUUUUUUCAGAUCCCAAACACAACGAUCCUAACACCACGGCGAUUCUCACGGCUUUUAAGCCGCACGAUUUAAAGUGGCUGUGGGAAUUGCUGACAGGUGGCAAAAUAAACACUAAUGGUUUUUGGAAGAAACCAGCUUUAAACCUGAUCUAUAAACCCUAUCAAAUCAGAAUAUUAGAUCCUUUCAUCAUCAGAACGGCAGCUUAUGAACUGCUUAAUUUCCCAAAAGUGUUUCCCAAAAACCAGAAACCCAAACACCCGACGACGGGAAUUAUUGCCAUCACGUUGGCCUUUCACAUGUGCCACGAAGUCCACCUCGCUGGCUUUAGAUACAACUUUUCUGACCUCAGGAGUCCUUUACACUACUAUGGGAACGCCACCAUGUCCUUGAUGAGUAAGAAUGCGUAUCACAAUGUGACUGCAGAGCAGCUCUUUUUGAAGGACAUUAUAGAAAAGAACUUUGUAAUCAACUUGACUCAAGAUUGACCCUACAGACAGAGAAGAUAAUGCUGACAGUAUGAGCAUACGUUUGCACAGGACCAGUUUCCUCCGAGUCUCCUAAUCGUGUUGAGGCGGAAAAGGCAGGGGCGAGGCUGGCGUCCACGUGUUCAGUGGCCUUUCCCUCCUACCACACAGCCGGGGGCUGCAGCUGGCUGCUGAAGUUGUUUGAUGUAACUCUGCUUCAAAAGAUACUGUGGCUACAGAAAGUCAAAACCAAUGGUGGCAUUUCCAAAUGUUACUGUGAGUACUGUAAUACUGGCCAUCAAAUUUUCUGAUGUUAAAAUUCAGGAACCUGGCAUUCUGUGUAGUAUAAGAAAAGGCUACAUACAAACCUCAAGGUGGUUAUAGUUAAGCCAAAAAAAAUAAAUAAAAAAUCUGAGCAAGA